AUGCAAGUUAACCACUUCCAGACUAGCCCACGACGCAGAAUAUCGUCGAGCGAAUAUCAGUCAAAGGCACCAUGGAGGCUAGGACUAGUCGUGGGCGGCGGGUCCAAACUUGAACGAGGGCCGUACCGGUGGAGAAGUACUAUCAAGCCUCAUAAUUGGGAUGAUGGAUACCAACAGCUAAAACAGUGGCAAAAUAGUCCCCAUGUCAUGUCCCCUCAACCCCUGGCACCCUUGAGCGGGAGCACGCCCGAUGGAGUCCAACCAGGUUGGCUAUUUUUUUUGGGAUAUGACAGCGACGAGACAGAAUUUUGCCUUGUACUUGACUUGACGAACAUGUAUUCUCGUGCACAUGUCAUUUUCGUUUCCGGGCCCUCGGUGGCGAUAUUGCCCAAAUAUUUGAAAUUACCACGGACGAGACGGAGUGCUUGUAUCGGCCGAAGCUAUUCUUGGAGUGGCACGUUGGAUUUGCAGUCCACUUCCAACGAACAUGCUAUUACGGAGUAUUGGCUCCCGUGGCUAGGUGAAUAA